AUUUACUAAGCCUAGGAAAGUGAUAACGUGGAGAGAUAAAGUACCACCCAAUCAGCUCCUAACUGCCAUGUUACAGGCUGUAUUUGAAGUAUGGAUUAAGCUGGGUAGACACUGGAGCAAUAUUGGCCCGGUAUACCCUUUCCAGCCCAACAGGAACGACAGAUCGCUCAGUGUGUAUGCCAGUAUGUGGGUGCCCACGGUCACACCUGCUAGUUUUACGUAGAUGAGGGAUGGAGCGAUACGUUAAUCUGAACAUCAUACAUCGCUCUAGUGUGUACUUUAGGAUCCGAUCAGUCGGCCCGCCAGGCCAACAUAUCGGCUGCAUACACAUCGCCUGGUGUGUAUCAGCUGCUUCAUUAGUACUUUCUCUCUCUCCAAGGAUUACAGUAGUACAUAGACCCAAUAGUCCUGAGACCUGCAGGGACCCAGAUGUCACGCCGCAGCCCAUACACGUCCCAGCUCCUGUCAGGAUUAAGACCAGAGCAUAGCUAUCCUCCUGAGGUGCUCUAGAAUGGGCGGGAAAAAUAAGAAGAAUCGGCACAGCAGUGCUCCGGCUGUGCAGGGAGUGAUUUCUGCAGCGAAUAGGUCCAGGGCAGCAGCAGCAGAAUCCAGGGCUGCCGGGGAAGAUACACAGAAGAAACAGACAAGCAAACAUGCAAAUGUGUCUACUGUGAGCAAGGAGGCACGGAGCAAGCAAGGUCCAAAAACAUACAGUUUUGCGUCAUCUGCUGAAGGCGGAGUGUCUGUAAAUAAUGACAAGUCUAUACUGAAGGUUGUGAUUGAAAGCAGGCUGGAGAAAAGGAUCAUCUCUCUAAUUAACAAGCACAAACAGCUGCAUGGUGAUGAAGGGAUGGUGUCCGGGAGACUGACUUCUAAGAAGUUACAGGACCUUUAUAUGGCUUUACAAGAGUUUGGUUUUAAAGCAGAACACAUUGAGGAUGCAAUGACGAACACGGUGCUGUAUGGUGGAGACCUGCACUCUGCACUUGACUGGCUCUGCUUGAACCUCCAGGACGAUGCUCUACCUGAAGGCUUCAGUCAGCAGUUUGCAGAAGAAGAGCACAAAGUUAGAGCAAAGUUCCGGCCCCCACCUCAGCAGCCAGUCCCUGACAAUGUCUCCUGCUCUGGUAAAUCAGAGGAAGCACCAACUGAAAAGACCAGCAACGAGAAGGAUAAGGAACUCAGCAUGAAAGAAUGGAUUCUGCGAUACGCUGAACAGGGCAGUGAUGAGGAGGAAGAAGAGGUAGAGCCUGAGAAAGAUCCCGAGAACGAGAAGUUUGACCCUAAUGAAAAGUAUCUUGAGCUGACAGCCAGGUUAUUGGAUGCCAAAGCACAAGCUGCUUGUACAAAGCAGGAGAAAGACAAGAUGGGCCAGAGGGAGGCACAGGACAAGAUCCGGAUGUAUCAACAAGAGAUGAAGAAUUUGGAGCUGCAUCCAAUGUUUAACCAGGCAGUGAAACUUCCAGAGGUUAAAAAUGAAAGUAAAAAGCCUUCUGCUCCACCUCCUGAUGAGGGCUCCUUAAACUUCAAUUUGAUUGAGAAAGAUGGUGGUGCACCAGAGGAGAAAGCUAAAAAGAGACCGCCUCUUGACAUCCGGAACUUUGACUACACAUCCCGCAGCUGGACUGGUAAAUCGCCAAAGCAGUUCCUGAUUGAUUGGUGCAGGAAACAUUACCCUAAGAGCCCGAACCCGGGCUUCGAGAAGGUGUCCGUAGGCAGGUACUGGAGAAGUAGGGUGAGAAUUGUGAAGUCGAACGAUGAUGUGAUGUCCGUGUGUCCUACAAUUGUAACAGAAGACAGCAUGCAAGCGCAGCACUUGGCAGCCACGUUAGCUCUGUAUGAGCUCACAAAAGGCCAGUCUGUACACCAACUGCUGCCCCCGACAUAUAGAGAUGUUUGGCUGGAGUGGAGCGACGCUAACAAAAGCAAACAGGAACAGGACAAAAUGGAGACCAACAAACCUCGGGACCAGUUUAUUGCCAAAUUAUUAAACAAAUUGAAGCUGAAGCAACAGCUGCAGAAACCACCAGAGGAAAACCAAGUAUCGGAGGACCCCGAAGACUCCUGGGAAAAUUUGGCCAGGGAUGACGAUCUAGAGCAGAAAACAAUGUGUGCUGUUGAGACGUACAAUUUAGAGCCGAUAAAGAACCUCUUUCUCCAGUGCCGCGAUUCACCCAAGUACAGGCGGCUGCUGAGUGAGAGGAAGCAGCUUCCAGUAUUCGCACACAGGGACUUUAUUCUGGAGACACUUAACAGGCAUCGGGUUAUCGUCGUAGCCGGAGAGACUGGCAGUGGUAAAAGUACCCAAGUCCCUCAGUUCUUGCUGGAAGACCUACUUCUAAACAAAUGGGAAUCGGGGAAAUGUAAUAUAGUGUGCACUCAGCCUCGGAGGAUUUCUGCCAUGAGCUUGGCCACUCGAGUGUGUGAGGAGAUGGGGAGCGACUCUGGACCAGGAGGUAAGAAUUGUUUGUGUGGGUAUCAGAUCCGUCUGGAAUCUAGAACAGGGGAAUCUACCAGACUCCUGUACUGCACCACGGGCAUCUUACUGCGCAAAUUACAGGAAGACAUUCUGCUAAAGGGCAUCACGCAUGUCAUCGUGGAUGAGGUACAUGAGAGAACGGUGCAGUCUGACUUCCUGCUCAUCAUCCUUAGGGAGAUCCUGCACAAGCGCUCGGACUUGCACCUCGUACUGAUGAGCGCCACAGUGGACAGCGACAAGUUUUCCAGCUACUUCUCACACUGCCCCAUCAUACGGAUCUCAGGGAGGACCUACCCGGUUGAGGUUUUCCACCUGGAAGAUGUUGUGGAAGAAACUGGUUUCAUUCUGGAAAAGGACUCUGAGUAUUGUCAGAAGUUCUUAGAGGAUGAUGAAGAAAUAACUCUUAAUAUUACCGGCAAAGGAGGAAGCACCCAAAAAUAUCAGGAGUUCAUCCCCGCUCAGGCCGGUUCUGUGAUGGAGGUAAACCCUUGUUAUCAGAGGUAUAGUGCACGGACACGUCAUGCUGUUCUGUAUAUGAACCCCAAUAAAAUAAACCUGGACCUGGUUCUGGAGUUGCUGGUGUUCUUGGACAAGAGUGCACAGUACAGGAAUGUAGAGGGAGCCGUGCUGAUCUUCUUACCCGGCCUGGCGGAUAUACAGCAGCUCUAUGACCUUCUUUCAUCUGAUAAGCGGUUCCAUGACAGGCGGAGGUACAAGCUGAUCGCUCUACAUUCCAUCCUUUCCAGUCAGGAUCAGGCUGAAGCGUUUGUCUUGCCUCCAGCUGGAACCAGAAAGAUUGUGCUGGCCACAAACAUUGCGGAAACUGGCAUAACGAUCCCAGAUGUGGUGUUUGUCAUAGAUGCUGGGAGAACCAAGGAGAACAGAUAUCAUGAGAGCAGUCAGAUGAGCUCCCUGGUGGAGACAUUUAUAAGCAAAGCCAGCGCCCUGCAGCGGCAGGGGAGGGCUGGCCGUGUCCGAGAUGGGUACUGCUUCCGACUCUACCCCAAGGAGAGAUUCAACAGUUUUAUGGAGUACUCUGUUCCAGAAAUAUUACGAGUACCUUUAGAAGAGCUUUGUCUGCACAUCAUGAAGUGUGACCUCGGCUCUCCAGAGGAGUUCCUAUCUAAAUCAAUAGACCCUCCGCAGCUCCAAGUGAUCAGCAAUGCAAUGAAUCUGCUGAGGAAGAUUGGAGCCUGUGAGCUCACUCAGCCCAAGCUCACCCCCCUGGGCCAGCAUCUUGCUGCCCUGCCUGUCAAUGUGAAGAUUGGAAAGAUGCUCAUCUUUGGUGCAAUCUUUGGCUGUGUGGACGUUGUAGCAACGCUGGCUGCCACCAUGACUGAGAAGUCACCAUUUGUAACGCCAAUCGGAAGGAAAGACGAGGCGGACCUGGCAAAAUCCUCCAUGGCGCUAGCAAGCUCUGAUCACCUGACCAUCUUCAGCGCAUAUAUGGGGUGGAAGCUGAGCCGAGCAGAAGGCUACGGCCCAGAGAUGAGUUAUUGUCGGAAGAACUUCCUUAACAGGAAGUCCCUUCUCACUAUAGAGGAUGUGAAACAGGAGUUAAUCCGAUUGGUGAGAGCAGCAGGCUUUGAAUGUCGCAGAUCGGUGGCUUCCAUUGGUGUCAGUGGAAUUGGUGACAGAAGAGCCCCUUCCGUAGAGGAGACCACUCUCCUUAAGGCUGUGUUGACGGCUGGUCUGUAUGACAACGUCGGCAAGAUCCUGUUUACAAAGUCGGUGGAUAUCUCUGAGAAGUUGGCGUGCAUGGUGGAAACGGCACAGGGAAAAGCACAAGUACACCCAUCUUCUGUGAACAGAGACCUGCAGACCUAUGGCUGGCUGCUUUACCAGGAGAAGGUGAAAUAUUCAAAGAUCUUCCUCAGAGAAACAACCCUGAUUUCUCCCUUUCCAAUGCUCCUGUUUGGAGGUGAUAUAGCCGUACAGCAUCGAGAACGUCUUCUGACUGUAGAUGACUGGAUACAGUUCCAGGCUCCUGUGAAGAUCGCAGUCAUCUUUAAGGAGUUGCGUGUUUUAAUUGAGUCUGUUCUAAAGACGAAACUGCAAAACCCAAAAAUGUCUCUUGAAGAUGACGAGAUUUUGAGCAUCAUCAAGGAACUGAUUAAAACAGAAAAGUGAAUGACACAGGUUCCCAAUCCCAAGGAUUGCUCCACAUAACAAGCCAAGCAGAGAUGAUAUCAUUUUAAUACAUUUCAGCUCUACUGUGUAUGAUCUAUUUUGUUCAUCUUCGCAAUGGUGCAUGCAGUUUUGAAGAGAAUGUCUCCUUUUAUUUUAUGCAUUUAAGAGAAUAAAAUGACUUUUGUUAAAUUUAAAGUAAAA